AUAGCCGAUAAAAAAUUAAUUUCUUUAGUUACCCUCUUUAUUUCAGACUUGACCCGAACUCAACAAGUCUUCAAGUAGAAAAAAAAUGGCAUCAUCAUCCUCGUCGGCGACGGCGGCGGAAGCGACGGAGAGAAGGGGCAUACCGGCGGCGUCAUUUGUCGGAGACGUGCAAACUUAUCUCAACCAGUUGGGUCUCGAUGUUAACUCCACUCUUUCUUUUCUUCAAGAAAGAUUGCAACAAUACAAAUUGGUUGAGAUGAAACUUCUUGCUCAACAAAGGGAUCUCCAGGCAAAGAUCCCUGACAUUGAGAAGUGUUUAGACGUGGUUUCUACUUUACAAGCAAAGAAAGGCACUGGUGAGGCUUUGCUUGCUGAUUUUGAAGUUUCAGAAGGAAUCUAUUCACGGGCUCGAAUUGAGGAUGCUGAUUCUGUCUGCUUAUGGUUAGGAGCUAAUGUCAUGCUGGAGUAUUCCUGUGAAGAGGCCAACACACUUCUCCGAAACAACUUGGAAAAUGCUAAAGCAAGUCUAGAAGUUUUAAUUGCUGAUCUCCAAUUUUUACGUGAUCAAGUCACGAUCACUCAGGUCACAAUUGCGCGUGUGUACAACUGGGACGUUCAUCAACGCAGAGCUCGACAAGCUACUCCUGCUACUGCCUGAGACUUUGUGUAGAACCAGAUAUGGGUAUUUUGAUUUUUGGAAGCAGGAUUGUCACUUUUUUCAUAACUUAUUUCUUCAGAUCAGAGAUCCAAAUCCAUUUUAUAAAUCUUGUAUCAUCCCUUGCUUCUCGUUGUAGCUUAGACGUCAUGGUUCCAACAUUCAGUUACCGGAACUAUCUGUAUGCAAAGAAACCUCAGUCCCCAACACCUUUUUGAUGGAUAGUAUGUGUAACAUCUAUGAUGAUUAUCUUAAAAAACCAAUAUAGUUUUGUUGUUUGCUGCUA